AUGGCGCUUUGCGAAACGUAAAGUAUCGACUGACAAAUCAGAAGAGAAAUUCACAGUUUAAUACAAAUCAUUUUCAACAAAAUAACAAACGGCUGUUUUCAAUUACUCCGGUUCUCCAAGCAAUGACUCCCUGUCAACCUUAUUUCGACCACCUUGUGAAUUUGUUGAUAACCAACGAUGCACUCAAGGAAACUGCCCUUGUUCUGGAUAACCCCGAGGAUGCAAGUAUUUUCACGAGAUUGACAAAAUGGUUUCUCGAUCCGCUCUGGGCGAUGAGUUCCAGGCUCUGGGCCAUUAUCCGAGAUAACCUCAUUGUUCAAAAGACCACAACUGCAGUUACGACAGUGAGGGACAAGUACCCUGGUUUAUGCAGGAUCAUGUCUUCAUUUGGCGCUAUGCUUGGUGCUUGUGUGGCACCUGCAUUACUCCCUGUGGUCAUCGGAGGAGCGGCAGGAAUGACUCUUCAGUGGGUUAUAUCAUCUGCACCCAGGCUUAUCAGGAAACUGCCGAUUGGUAUCCUUGCGAGAGUGACUUGGCCAAUUGCUGGUGCUAUUUUCGGGUUCUGGCUUUUUGGUGUUUUGGGAGCAAUACCAGGGUGUGUAUUGUUCUGCUUGAAGGGGGACAGGUACAAGACUAUGAUUGGCACCCUGAUUGGUUUGACGGAGGAAGAAAGGACCACUUUAGUCAUGCAGAUUCAAGGCGUGGUUGGCUCUCAGCAGAGAGAGGAUAUCACAAGCUUUAUCUCAUCCCAGUCAAACAGGAAAGAAUUAAUACGUACUCUGUAUGAAUACUCUGAACACCCACAUAGACAGGGCUGGUGAACUUACACACCUAGACAAAAUACCGAAUACAAUGUAUUUCCAUAUAAUCUUCUUCUUUUAAACGUAUCCUGUGUGAAUUUACGGAUGAAACAUUAAUUUCAUUAUCAGUGUUCACUGCGUGACACACUCAUAUUGAAAUCGAGUAUCCAAUAAGAUGUGUAAGUAUUCCGUGACAUUAGUUAUGUACAUACCCUUUCAAUGGCCACCUCUGAGUCUUAUAUGGUGUGAACAAGUACCAGAGUCCUUAUAUAACAUUAUACAGCGUUCGCAAAUUACGUAUCGGUGGUAUCUUAUACAUUAAAAUGAGGUAAAUUUCAAAUGUAAAUGUUUACAAAAGUCACAUGGAAGUUCAGAAUGUAUGGAAAUAAAGGUGUGUUUAUAGGUUUCCAUACAGUGCAAUAUCGACAGGUCAAUUCAAGUGAAAUGAGAUUUAACGUCACAUUCAAGAUUAUUUCACUUUCAUUUCUAUGCGCGUUUGGUUGCUUGUAGAGACCAUGCCGCAGUUUAACUUGGAUGCGCAACUCAGAAACAUUAUACUGACAAGUAUACUUGUUAUUCAUGUUCUUUACACACUAGAAAGUGGAAUAAAACAAGAAAUGAGUAUCAGUAAAAGUCCCAUAUAAGUGGAAGCAAAUUAAUUUUUACGAGCAACCUGGACUCAUCAUGGUCCACAGAUGAAGGCGAAAUGAGGCAUCCCUUUGGCGCUGGAUGAUAAAAGGGGCGGUUCAUUCAGCUAUUGUUUUCAUACGCCGUUGCGUCCGUGAGUUACAGAUGAAACUUUUGUUAAAGUCUACUUCAUCAAAAGUUGUUAUGUUAAAUAUAAAACUACCGUCGGUUUUGGUUGGGAUUGCAGGCCCUUAGGAAUUGGAAUUACUGCAGAUAAGCACUUUGUAAACAGCAAGGCCUGUAAACUGUCCUCUAUAAAAAGAUCCAGGGGAGGGGAACACACACACACACACACACACACACACACACACACACACACACACAAACACACACAC